AUGAGCUUCUUUUCUUUUGGCCUGGCACCAUAUAUGGAAGAAGUAGUUCCACAAUCCGGUCGUGGCACAAUAUUCGCCCUGGAUAAGACGUCGGAAAGGCUGGCUCCCUACAAGACGCGAGCGACUUCCUUGAUCGAUCCUCUGUGGUUCUCCUCAUACCAAAAUAAUCCGUCGAGAUCAUCUGGAACAGAGGUGGCAGGGGACGAAUGGCCGAGAGCCGGCUCUGGCAUUUUCUGUUCGCAAGCCCACGGCAUGGAUUGA